AUGUUAGAGAGGGAAGAUGGACGUCGUACCAACUAUUCCCAGAUGAUCCCUUACCUGUCCAAGGAAAUCAAAGAUCAUGGCACUAUUUACCAGACUAUCAAAGUUGUCUUUGCAGACCUAUUCCAUUGGAUCCAUGAUGUGAUUGAGCUGCAGCUGCCUGAGGAGUAUAAGCUAUUGGCUGAAGUUACGUCAAUUUUGCCUGGCAUCAAUUUGUCUCCAAUAUUCCCCUUCCUUUCACUGGUGAUUAACCUCAAUGUCUCUACCAAAGGUCAUCGAGAUAGCAAAGACAAGGACUUCUGUCUUGUCCUUCUUAUUGGUAAUUUCCAAGGUGGAGCCCUUAUCAUGGUUGAAACAGAUGCUCCCACGCCAAAAUUUGACGUGUGGUUCAUCAUCCUCCUUAUACUACUCAUGGCUAAAAAAUCUGCUUCUAGUAAAACCAAAUAUCAAAAGGGUAAGAUUACAAUAGAUGCUGGAGAGUAUGAGAGGCUUAAGGAAGUUGGGAAAGCUCAAACUAGGGCUGCCAGCAAAGCAGCUCAAAAGACAUUUCUGGAGAGACAGUGUCAAGAAAUCCUGAAACAUACUGCUGAUACUCUUGAGGAAGAGGAUGAGGGGGAGGAUGCCCCACUGCCACCCUCCCAGAAGGGUAGGUAUAGGAGGGAGGUAGUAGAUGACCAGGAAGAAGAGAAUGAUAGUAACAUGGUCCAGACUCCACCUGCAACUCAACCUAGAUCCUGGAGGCCUAUAGAUAAUGAAGAUGAAGACGGGGGUGGGGAUGACAAUGACAAUACAGAUACAGAAGAGUUUAGGAACACUGUUAGAGGGGAUAGUGAACAAGAAGAGGAGGAGGAUGGCAAUCAUUCCCAGAUGCAAGGCAGAAAAGACACACAACAAGUUGGUAAUAUUGGUGAAAGCACUAGCACACCAUCUUGUUUGCUAUCUGCAGCUCUUUCCAUUCAACCUUCCAGUUGCACAUCAAGCACAGCAAUGGCUAGUGAAGUGCAAACCUACACUAAUGUGAAAUAUAUAUACAGACAAUCAGCCAAUCUUCAAUAUCUUAAUCAAAAACCUCAAGGCAAAGAUUUUGGGAUUGACUUUGAUGCUUUAGAGGAAACUAUGGUAGCAUAA